GUUGGGCGGUGAUAUCAGAAGUAGUAGUUUGAAUAGCAGUAGUUGUUUUAUAGAUAGCAGUUUAGACAGUAGUAGUUUUGAAGAUAGUAGUUUGGGUAGUGGUAGUAGUUUUAGAAAUAGUAGCUUGGGUGGUGGCAGUAGUUUCAAAAAUAGUUGUUUGGGCAGUGAUAAUUUAGAUAGUAUAAAAG